CGAGACGACGCAUGGAAGAAUGCCAAACUAACAUAUGCAAACAAGCGCACGACAUAUACACAAAUAAGAAAUCGGCAGAUUAUAAAAUGGCGCGUGCAACAAGAACAGCUGUUAUUGUUUACAGACGAACCUUUUCUAUAGUGUGUACGAGUUGAGAUUGAUAUAAUAUUUUUACGUGACGAACAACCAAGAUCUGCGAGUUUUUUCGUAGAAGGUUAAAAUAAAGUGAAAUGCAUCCUAUGAAAAAUAGAAAAGCAUAAAUUGCCACGAUGACGGAUGAGUUUCAACGGUAAAAUAGUUUGUGUGUAGAGUGGUGGCAGUGGCAGCGGUGUUGUAACAGUGGUGGAUAUGAUACUGUAGGUAUUCAAGGAAAAGAAAUUCUUAAUGGAAAAAUUAAUCAGAUUCAUGGGUACGCUACCGAUGAUAAUCAUCGAGCGACUGGAAAUCGAACUCUUUUGGAGUAUUUUCCACGAGAAGCGAGAAAAUUAAAACACGUCUGUCAAAGCAAGAGAAACGAAAGGAGAAUACUGGACAAUUUUCUACGAUUAAAAGAUGACCAAAUAUCGUUCAGUAUUGCAACGAGUCUCCAGUGAUAAUCGUCGUAUCUACUACUUGUAUGAGGAAUCACCAUGAAUGCCAGAACUCAAUUAUUCGAAUUAAGUAUGGAGGGCAGACAAGUGGAUGAAGCAGUUGCAAGUAUUUUUCAUAGUGUUCUUUUUCAUCGGAGUCUUGGUAAAUUUAAGUACAAACAAGAAGGCAGCUAUUCAGUAGGUACAGUCGGAUACCAAGAUGUCGACUGUGACUUUAUUGAUUUUACUUAUGUUUGUUGUUCCUCGGUACACCUGGAUCAAACUUUGAAACGCGAAAUAUCAGGCUUUUCUGAAGCCUUACGUUCUACCGAUAGUCCAGGUUCUGGCCAGAUAUCCCUGGAAUUCUUUCAAAAGAAGAAAAAUCGUUGGCCUUUUCAACCAGAAUGCAUACCGUGGGAAGUAUGGACUGUACGUUUGGAACUUAUAAAAUUAGCAACAGAGCAUGAGAGACAGAUAUGCAGGGAAAAGGUUGGCGAUCUUUUAACGGAUAAGAUUCUAUAUAUAACGGAAGUAAUGAAUCGACACGAUUAUCUCCCUAAAAUGCCGAACCAAGCCGAAUUGGAUCUGAUCUUUGAUACAUCGUAUCCAGAUAUUCAACCAUAUUUGUUUAAAUUAUCCUUUACAACGUCUAGUCCAUCGAGUACAACAAUGGGUAACACAAUGAAAAAAUUGAUCAAAGAGACAUUAUCUAUUUAGUUAUAAUAGUUUGCGAAGACUCGUUAGCGCAAUGCGUUUGCAACGCGAAUUAUAAUAUUUUAAAUAAAGAAGCUUAACAAUCAGUGUUUAACAACCGAAGAAUUUUACGUUCUCCUCGUCGAAUCAAGUUUAUUCUUUUUCAUUUGACCGUUUUCGCAUAAAACUGAUUUGUAUUUUGUAUGUUUCUGAUUCUCUCACGAUUGUUAAACAAAGAUUGGAGAUUAAAGACUAGAGAUUAAAGGCGCAAAGAACCGUGUGGUUCUUUUGCAUGUUUUAACGAAACCAUUUUUUGGCUUCUAUCCACAUUAGUUCUGUACCAAGAAUGCGCAUUGGAAAUGAAACAACAAAAUAAUACCUGAAAUAAUUACGAUUGUUUAGACACGAAAAAUUGAUUAAUUUUUUCUGGUAGAAAGGAAACGGAUGGUGUAUAUAAUAAUAUAAAAUAAUUAUGUUUUACUUUUUUAUUAGAAUUGUUUGUUCUGCGUAGGGGAUCUGUUACUUCAUCUUCCACUAUUCAAUUAAAUGGUAAAUGUUCCUCUGUUGUUUUAGAAAUUCAAAUUCAUUCGUAUUCCUUCCGUUUCUGUAAAACAUUAAUAACAUAACAGAUCUUUAGACACGAUUGUUCUUAUUUUUCUAAAAGUCUCGUUGUAAUAAUAAAAAGGUUAAUUGUAGAUACAUAUAACAGUACACGCUGUUUGUUUCAGAAACAAAAAAAACCAGCAGCAAUUAAUUUAUUUUAGUGGAUUAUGCCUUCUUUGUUGUAUGUAUUUGAACGAUUACAGUGUUACACCAGAUAUUGUUGAUUCUUGUGGAUCUAAAAAUUACAUUUCAUCAACAUUGCGACAUAUAGAUUGAGAAAAAUAAUUUAAAUGAGAAUGUUAUCUGCUACCACAAUUAAUGCAGUAAUUGAAUGACUACUGCAGAUAAUGAAUAGUUUAAUUUGUAUUUACAAGAUUGGAACGUGCGCGUCAUUUACAAUUCACACAUAUAAAUAAGGAAAACAAGAUUUGUUGUUGAAUCGUAUCACAACGUUUCUUAUUUAAUUUGAUUAUUAAAUAUUACAUAUUCCGUGUACCAAACAGUGAAAUAAGUAAGUGAAUAACAAUAGUAAACUACAGUGUAUGAUUUGGCAUAUUAUAGUGUAAUAUGAUGUGAUAUGAUAUGGUAUGAUAUGGUAUGAUAUGGUAUGAUAUGGUAUGAUAGGGUAUGUUAUGAUUCGGUAUGACAUGGUAUAGUAUGAUAUGAUAUGGUCUGGUGUGUUAGAGGAAAUUUGAACUUAUGGCAUUCAAAGAAUUACGAAUUAUUUGUACGAAGACAUUUGAAGUAUGUAGUUUGUAAAAAGUUUUCGAAAAUUUCAUGCCUUCGUACAAAAUUUUUAUAAUAGCAAAGAAAUGAUUAAAAACUAGUAAGUAAACUGUAUAAUAGCGCGUAUUGAAUGAAAGCGAUAAAGCUGUUGUUUAUUAAUUCAAAGCGUAUUUUGAACAUUUUGCGAUCACGUAACGAAUGAAAGUUAGAGUAACCGAGUAAACGAAUUGAGAAAAAUGGAACUCGAAGGGGCUUCGGUCUUUACAGCAAGAAUUUUGAACAAGUUAGAGGAGUGUAUGAAAUAGUAUUGUAAAUAGAAAAAUACUUGAAAAUUUUAAUUAUCAUGAAAAUAACUUAUACUUCGAGACCUGUUUUUUCCUUUUUGUAUGACCAAUUGAUUGUCAAAACUAUAACAAAACAUGCUUUCGUUUUUCUUUAUAUAUUUCCUAUAAUGUAACUGUUAGCGAUCUGUUCCAAUGUUUGUUUAAAUGCCUUUAACACUAGAACUACCAAGCAGUCAAAUUGACUUCCUUUUAUUUUUCUGGAGACAUCAUAAGAGUGUAUUUAUUGAGAUUUUUAUUAACAUAUAUUUUAGUUCGCACAACAUCAAAUCAAGUUACUUGGUAAUUUCUCUCAGAAACGCUUGUCUCUUCUCAAUAAUUGAAAAGGAAAAAGAAAUCAAAAAUACCUCAUUUUGAUCUAUCUGGUAGCUUUAGUGUUAAAUUCAUCGCAGCGUUUGCAUCACAUCGCACCGCAUUGCAUCGCAACGUGUGCAUCGCAUCGCAUCGCAUCGCAUCGAAUCGAAUAUCAUAAUUGUAACACAUAAAUUUUCAGGGCAAAACAAUUUUCUGAAUUAAUUGAUUUCAAAUCUGCACGGAAUCGUACAUGCCGUGCACUGUUAUAAUUCACAAUAAAUGCACAACUUUUGUGGAAGGUGAAUCGUCCUGAAGAUUAUAGAAUAUUGUAUAAUGAGAAUGUCAUGCGACGUUGGUUGUAUAUCAAAAUGAAUGCGCAUAUGCAAUCGGGAUACGGUAAUCAUGAAGCCUGAGAUGCGGGUCAAAUUCAAGGAAACAGACGCGUUCUUCUUCACGAGUUUGAUAUUUUUAUACGGUCAUCGAUUUUCCGACUGUUAUUUCAACGAUACACACAUGCGCAUCAUAUAUAUUUUUGGCGAAUCGUUGCAUAUACUGUACGCUGUAUACUAUAAAUUGCAUAUUGUAUACUGCACACUGUAUAUACCGUAUAUUAUAUAUUGAGCAUUGUAGAAAUUCCAAUGAAAGAUUUAAUCAAUCAAUAAGAAAAUAAGAAAAUAAGAAAAAUCAAGCAAACGCAACAAAAAUUGAUUCGACCACACCGUUAUAAAGUGCUACCAGCUUUUCAAUGAGACUGGGAUUAUUCAAUAUGAAGAGAUGUGUGUGAGAAAAAAAAAGUAUUCGGGAAGAAGGAAGAGUCGUGCAAAUGAAGGAAAACAUUUAAGUGUACAGGUGCAAUGAACAAUUUUUGAAACACUUGCAUAAGGAUGUAUUUAUGUUUCGAUUCAAAUGAUUGUACAUAUGUUCAAAAAUACACAUACAUAAGGCAGGUAAACACGAAUAAGAAAUAGUUGAUAAUAGAGAUGCGUUGAUAACAAGGUAUUACGUAUACAUCUAUAUAGAUAGAAUAGCGACAAAAACGUUGCUUAGCUGUACAAUGAGGUAAUGGAAAUGCUUUACACUCUAUGAUUUAUCACGAGAAUCAGGCGGAUAAACGAUUUAAUAAAUUACUUUAUUUUAUAA